AUGGCGCACUCUGAGCUGUUUGUGACGGGAGCGCCACCUGUGGAGGGGAGCGCUGUGGACCUGGAUGUUCUGAGCCUCUUGGACUCGUUUGGAGAAGAAAACAGCACCGUUGAGAGAUGCUACCGUGCCCACUCCCGCAGCAGCGUCCUUCAGGGUCUGCCGUUUGGAGGGGUGCCCACGGUCCUCACCAUCAAUGUGGUUCUCUGGAUGUUCCUGUUGCUCAUCUUCUCCUGCCUGAGGAAGGCUGCAUGGGACUAUGGCCGCCUGGCUCUGCUGAUGGAGAAUGACAGUCUCACGUCCCUGUUUUAUGGAGAACCAAGUGAGAAGGAAAAGUCUCCAUCAGAAUCCAGCCCCUCCGACUCUGAGACCAAGGACAUGGGCUUCUGCUCGUGGCUCUCAUCACUUUACCAUAUGAAGGAUGACGAGAUCCGUAGCAAAUGUGGCAUUGAUGCUGUCACAUACCUGUCCUUCCAGCGCCACAUCAUCCUGCUCAUGACAGUGGUUUGCCUGCUGUCUUUGGCCGUAAUCCUGCCGGUCAACUUUUCCGGGAACCUCCUGGGAGACAGUCCUGAAAACUUUGGAAGAACAACACUGGCUAAUGUUAGCUCAAAGGACAGCUUUCUUUGGCUCCACAGCAUAUUGGCUCUGUUGUACUUCAUCAUCACAUUGCUGUGUAUGGUUCACCACUCCAUACGGCUGGAGUACAGAGAGGAUGAGAAGGUAGCCAGGACACUGAUGAUUACCUCCAUACCAAGAGAGAUCUCUGACCCAGGACUCAUCACCAAACACUUCCAUGAGGCCUACCCCAGCUGUACUGUCACUGAUAUCCGUCUCUGCUUUGAUGUCCACAAGCUGAUGAGGCUGGACUUAGAGAGGCGCAAGGCAAUGAAAGGCAGGCUGUAUUUUGCCACAAAGGCCCAAAAGGAGGGGAAGAUCAUGAUUAAGACCCACCCAUGCGCCCAGAUAUUGUGCUGCGACAUCUGUGGUUUUGAAAAGGUGGAUGCAGAACAGUAUUACAGUGAGUUAGAAGAAAAGUGGACGGACGAGUUUAAUGCUGAGAAGAACCGCAUCUCCAUGAAGAGGCUGGGCAUUGCCUUUGUGACUUUCCGCGAUGAGAGGAUGACUGCUGUCAUUGUGAAGGACUACAGUCGUGUGCGCUGUCGUCGCAGACCCCAGCAGUCCAGCAUCACCACUGUGGUGCAGUCGCACGAAUGGGGGAUUGACUACGCACCUGCUCCUAGUGACAUCAUCUGGGAAAACCUGUCAGUGUGUGGAUCUCGCUGGUGGCUCCGCUGUGUCCUCCUCAACAUCCUCCUCUUCCUGCUACUCUUCUUCCUCACCACUCCCGCCAUCAUCGUCAACACAAUGGACAAGUUCAAUGUCACAAGGCCUGUGGAGAGUCUGCAGAGCCCAGUCAUUACCCAGUUCUUCCCGACCCUCCUGCUGUGGGCGUUUUCAGUGCUCCUGCCCUUCAUCGUCUACUACUCAGCCUUCUUUGAGUCCCACUGGACCAGGUCUGGUGAGAACCAAGUAACAAUGCACAAGUGUUUUUUACUGCUGGUCUUCAUGGUCAUCCUCCUGCCCUCACUUGGUCUAUCCAGUCUGGACCUGUUCUUCACAUGGCUCUUUGAUGUCAACUUCCUGGAUGAGAAGGAGGUCAAAUUCCAGUGCGUGUUUCUUCCUGACAACGGUGCAUUCUUUGUAAACUAUGUUAUUACAUCCAGUCUGAUUGGCACAUCUAUGGAGCUGCUUCGCAUCCCGGCACUGACGGUGUAUGCCAUCCGCCUCUGCUUUGCCAAGUCCCAGGCUGAGCGCAUUCAUGUCAAACGGAGUCAGGCUUAUGAGUUCCAGUUUGGCCUGGAGUAUGCCUGGACCAUGUGUAUCUUUGCAGUCAGUAUGACCUACAGCAUCACAUGUCCCAUUAUUACGCCCUUCGGUCUGCUCUAUGUGAUCCUGAAGCACAUGGUUGACCGAUACAACAUCUACUAUGCAUAUGUUCCCACCAAACUCAACCAGCGGAUCCACAGAGCAGCAAUCAGCCAAGUCAUCGUGGCUCCCAUCCUCUGCAUGUUCUGGCUACUCUUCUUCUCUAUGCUCAGAUUAGGUCCAGUGCACCCCAUCACCCUCUUCACCUUAGCGUCCCUGCUCUCCUCUAUUGCUUUUUCCCUCUUCCGCCUGUGCCUUAGGAAGCAACCAGACAAGUCAACGAGUUACCAGAUGUCUGAUCAGCCAACAGAGGGGAUGUUCACUGAUGCAGACAGGAGUACUGUAACAUCCACCACUGCCUCCAGUCUGUUUGUGGCAUCCGUGUUGCUGGAGCCAGAGCUGGCUUUGACUCCCAUGCCCUCCCCGGCCCACCACAGCUACGGCGCCAUGGCCAGCUCCCAAAGUUCAAGCCACGGCCCUGUGGAGGAGGAGGAGUGCGAGGGAGACCACGCCCAUACACAUGAGACUGAGCUCCAAGACCCCCCAGACCCCUACUGCUCCAGCCCACUCAUGGACAGCCCCGUGAGCUACCAGUAACACCAAAUCCCCCAAGCUGAUUCCACGUGUCCUUCGCCUGGGGAACACAGAUUGCUAAAUGCCGCAAUGCUGCGUUUUCGCCACUAACCUCAGACUCCAACUUAGCUGCCUCAGAACUUGAGACUAGACUGGGCUUGUUAGAAAAGGAUGAAGAGCCCCAAGAGGAAAGAAGCUUAAGAAUAUAGAAGCAGCAUCUAUGUAAACGUCACUAUAACUAUAUAGACAGCAGUUUGCCAUAACAUCUCCUGAACCCAUCUUAUGGACACAAACAUCAAUCUCAACAGAAUCCACAUUUAAUGUACAGAUGAUUUUAGUUAAACUAUUGGAUGCUCCAUGACAGGAAUUCCAUCUUCUUCUAUGGCUUCAUUUGCGAGUUAAAAAGGUUAAAAGUAAUGAAAGUGACUAUUAGAAAAUACUCCAGGCUGUGCCACUCGGGCAUGAGUGGAGGUGAAAGUUCCCAUCAGAGUGGGUGGUGUGAGCAGACUUGCCCCGGCAGACUGACAGAGUGGUCUGGGCACGGGUGAUAUCUGGUUCCUCGGAGAGGCUGAGGGUGAGGGCAGCUAGUUGUGAAGCCAUCUGCAGUGAGAAAGCAGACAGACGGGGGACUGAAUGUAACCCAGAGAUGUACUGUAAUAUAUGUAGACUCUCUCCAUGGAGGCACAAGCAGCUUGACUGUACCUGAAGCUUGUUGUAACUAUUAUCAAUUUAAGGUUGCUAUUUUUGCUACAGUAUUUUUGGUGUCAUUGAUAUUGUGCUUUGGAUUAGGGGCGGGGGCCACUGGAGAUGGGCCAAGGAUUUGCAGAGCUGUCCCAUUUUAACCAGAGUAUUCCCUUAUUGUGCUGUUUUGACUGUGUAUGUGAUCCAACUCGAUAUCUAUUUUAAGGGAAUGGUUCAAUAUUUUGCAUAUGCUGAUUUGCAUUCUUGCUCAAUCAAUACUACUUGCAUGUCUGUACAGUUAAUAUGAAGCUACAGCCAGUAGUCAGUUUAGGUAAGCUUAGCAAAAAGACUGGAAACAAGGGGAAACAGUUAGGCCAGAGCCAGUACAUGACCAUUCCUUGGCUGGCUGCAGCAACUUACUGGCGUCUUGUUGCUACCAGUGGAGACUCCAGGAAGUAAUUGUGCCACACAACUCCCCAGUUUUCUUAAUCCGCUGCUGAAAAUUGUCUCGAACACUUUUGCUUUUCUAUGGAUUUAAACAAAUUAGAUAUGAAUUGUUAAUUUGUGACCUUUAGAGGUGCUGGUUGGAGGCUUUUGUUACCUUUUGGACUGAACCUGGCUAGCUGUUUCCCCCCUGUUCCCAAUCCUCAUGCUAAGCUAAGCUAAUCCUCUGCAGGCUAUAGCUUUAUAUAAGACAGAUGUGUGCGUGGUAUCGAUCCUCUCAUCUAACUCUCGACAAUAAAGCAAAUAAGUUCCUUUCCCAAAAUGUAGAACCAUUCCUUUAAAUUGUACGAGGCAUGGGGAAAUUAGAAGCACAUCCUGGAAUUACAAUAUUUAAAAAAUAUGCCAUGGAGUCUAUGGUCUCAUGGAAAGAAUUUAUUAAUUUUGCUAAUUAUGUGAAAUACUCAAAGUAACUAAAUCCUGUGUUACUAAAAGCCGUUAUAUUUAUUUUUUUUUUUGUUGUAAAAAUGUUUCAUAAUAAUUUGUUAUAUGUGCUAGUAAUCAUUCAUUUCUUUUGUGUUGGUCAAAUAUUUCUGUGCUAUAUUUUGUUGUGUCCCAAAUACAAAUACAAACAGUAAAUGUCAAGCACUA